AUGGGAAAUCUUAGUUCAAGUCGAUUGACUGAGUUUGAUUCUGCUCAAACUCAGCAGCCCCAACCUCCAAAUACCAAUAAUAGAAAGAGUGAUGCGAGUAAGAAAAAAGACUUGACGCCUGAUACUAUUGUUCUAGGAAAGAUUGAGGCUAGCAAAUUAAUUUCAUCUAAAUUUAAGAAACAAUCGGAAAAGGAAGCUUUUGCUAGACAACUGGCAUUUGAAGAUGAAUUGAAACGAAAUUUCCUCAAUAUGGAAUUCGUACAACAAUAUCUAGAGCGAGAAUACUAUAGAAAACAACAGGAUUUAAAUUCAUUGAAUAGAGCUAGAAUGUAUCAGAGAGCUUCAUCAAUACCUGGGAUAAGUGUGUCACCUCCUAUUGUUCCUACCACUUCCCGAGGAUCAGAAGCAGAAGCAUCAGAAUCAACUGGAGAUGCAGAUCAGGAUGAUGAUGAGGAAGUUGAGCCAACUGUUGUAGCAAAAGCAACAAAUUUGUAUAGAGCUUUUAGAAAAUCAAUUGGAAGGUCUAUUGGUUCUGAAGCUUCUUCUAGUCAAGAUAUAUUCUCAAAUCCGGCUGGACCUUAUACUAUAGAUACUUUCUCUGCAGGCAAUACCUUGACAGUUGGUGAUGUCAAUAAUAUUCUUUCCAGUGAAACUAAGCAAGAACAGGAAUUAGAUCCAAUGCAAGAUAUUACAUUCAAAAUCAAAUUGAUUUUGGUGGAUACUUUGAAGAGUGACACUCAAAAGAAUAUGAGACAAUUCAUUUCUCCAAUUUUGGCAAAGAUGGACAAGUUACCAAACCAUGGUAUUUUCCAUUCUUCUAUUAGUUUUGGACCAUGGAUUUUAGAAUUUACAGACUGCGGUCUGUGUAUUCCAAGAAAAAUAACGAGUAAGAUGGCUCUUCUCUCAAUAGACAUUAGUGAAAUUAAGGGUUGGGAUAACAUUCAACAAGCUGUAAAUAGAAUUGCAAAAGUAGUCUGCAGAUAUAACACUCAAGUCACCUAUUCUAGAAGUAGUACUAGAAGAGAUUCGGUUAUUUUUUCAAGUCCAUCAUCCCAAUUAGCAAUUGAAGGGCAAAGAAGAUAUUCUGAUGCCCUAUACGGAUCCCCAUAUGGUACUCCAACAACUCCUGAUUGUGUUUGUUUGAGUCCUCCAAUUGGUGGUAGUGCUACUCUGACAGCUGUAGCUCAAACAUUCGGUUCAGGAUCUUCAUCAGGUCUUGGUGCUGAUUCAGGUAAAUCAAAUAAUGGUGAAAGGUUUAGUCAUUCUUUCCAUUCUCAGCACUCAGCACAAAAUAAGGAUCCUAAAACAAAUGGAAACUGUCAAGAUUUUGUUGAUGAAAUCUUGGAUAAUCUUGAAGCAACACCGGUAUUUUCAGAAUCUAUGCAUCAAUUCCUUCGAAAUUUGAGAAAUAAGGGUGACAGUAAUCUUACUAUUAAAUUGGAUGAUCAAUUUUUACAAAAGUUUGGUUUGGAGAAUAAUUCCUUUAAUAAUAUCAAGGAAAUGCUCACUCCAAAAAACCCUCUCAGCAGUGAGGUUAAAUCUGUUCACUCAGUCCCAGAUAAUAUGCUGACUACAGAAGCAGUGCAGCAGACAUCAAGGAAAAGAAGUAAGAGUGAAGGUGUUCCACGAGAAGUUGAAACUAAUCCAAUGGCAUUCAUUGAAAUUCAAAAUUAUUGCAUUACUUUCAACACCCAUGAACAAUUGGAUUUGUUUGUAAAUUUGUUGCUCACCAAAGAUCCAAUCUUUCCACGUACCAAUCCACAAACCUAUGAAUUACUAAAGGCGUUUGAUAGAGCUUUCUGGAUUAAGUACAAAUCAGCCCUCCUGUACAAACCAAAUAACUUUAAUCACAACCACCAACAUGACCCACAACUUGAAAUAUUAUCCUGGGCUCCUCUAAAUAUGCAAUCCAAGACAAUAGAAAUUGCAAGCAAUUUAAUGAUUUGGAAUGGAGAGAGAAAAAGAGUUCCGAUAAAUCAAAACCAACAAUUGGGAUGUCCUUUUGGUGAUCCAUUUUCCACAAUGUCCUUCAUUCACAUUGAAUAAUAAAUCAUUAUCGUCAUGCAAAAUAAUAUU